AUUAGAAAUCGGUGGUCACGCGAUUGGCCAGUUCUCCAAAGGGCAAGAAUAGACGUUAGACGGUGAGGGAGGGAAGGAGGCAGCGCCACUGCACAGCAACGCGAACCCAAGUGCCCACUCCAAUUCAAAUUCAAUCAAUUCAGAACCCUAACUAGGGUUCCAUCCAUUGGUUAUGGCGGAGGAUAUUCCUUCUUCUUCUCCUCCAAUAGCAGCAUCAGAUACUGCUCCUUUGGGUUCGAGUGUGAUCUCCUUAGUGAAUCGUCUUCAGGACAUAUUCGCCCGCGUCGGCUCCCAAUCCACCAUCGACCUCCCCCAAGUCGCCGUCGUCGGAAGCCAGAGCAGCGGCAAGUCCAGCGUCCUUGAAGCACUCGUUGGCCGCGACUUUCUCCCCCGCGGCAACGAAAUCUGUACGCGCCGCCCCCUCGUCCUCCAGCUCGUCCAGACCAAGGCCCCUGAACACGACGAGUACGGCGAGUUCCUCCACUUCCCCGGCCGCAAAUUCCACGAUUUCUCCGAGAUUCGCAGGGAAAUUCAGAUUGAAACUGAUAGGGAAGCAGGAGGGAACAAAGGUGUCUCUGACAAGCAGAUUCGACUCAAGAUUUUUUCACCAAAUGUUCUUGAUAUCACACUUGUUGAUCUCCCAGGCAUUACGAAGGUUCCCGUUGGUGACCAGCCUUCUGAUAUUGAAGCUCGAAUCAGAACAAUGAUCAUGUCGUAUAUCAAAACUCCCACCUGUCUCAUUUUAGCUGUCACACCGGCAAAUUCAGAUUUGGCUAAUUCUGAUGCUCUUCAGAUGGCAGGGAUUGCUGAUCCUGAUGGUAAUAGAACAAUCGGUGUUAUCACAAAGUUGGAUAUCAUGGACAGAGGUACUGAUGCUCGGAAUCUGUUACUAGGAAAAGUUAUUCCCCUCCGACUUGGUUAUGUAGGUGUUGUAAAUCGUUGCCAGGAGGAUAUUCAAAUGAACCGGAGUAUAAAGGAUGCUCUUGCUGCUGAAGAGAAAUUUUUCUGCAGUCGUUCUGUAUACAACAGUCUAGCAGAUAGUUGCGGUAUUCCUCAACUAGCAAAGAGGUUGAACCAGAUUCUAGCUCAACAUAUAAUGGCUGUGCUACCUGGGCUGAGAGCACGUAUAAGCACUUCACUAGUUGCUGUUGCGAAGGAGUAUGCGAGCUAUGGGGAAAUCACUGAGUCCAAGGCUGGUCAGGCUGCACUUCUACUGAAUAUUCUUUCAAAAUAUUGUGAAGCUUUCUCCUCCAUGGUUGAGGGAAAUAAUGAGGAGAUUUCUACAUCUGAACUAUUUGGUGGAGCACGAAUCCAUUACAUUUUUCAAUCUAUCUUUUUCAGAAGUUUAGAGGAGGUGGAUCCGUGUGAAGACCUGACUGAUGACGACAUUCGUACUGCCAUACAAAAUGCUACUGGACCUAAAUCAGCAGUGUUUGCUCCAUCUGUGCCAUUUAAAGUCCUUGUGCGAAGGCAAAUAUCCCGUCUAUUGGAUCCAAGUCUUCAGUGUGCCAGGUUUAUAUAUGAUGAAUUAAUAAAGAUCAGCCAUCGCUGUAUGGUGAUUGAACUGCAGCGAUUCCCUUUCUUGUGGAAGCGCAUGGAUGAAGCUCUAGGGAACUUUUUACGAGAAGGCCUUGAAGCCUUGGAGAACAUGAUUGCACACUUAAUAGCAAUGGAGUUGAACUACAUAAACACUUCCCACCAUAAUUUUAUUGGUGGAAGCAAAGCAUUAGAAAUUGCCUCGCAACAGACCAAGUCUUCUAUGGUUUCUAUACCUGUUUCUCGGCAGAAGGAGGUUCUGGAAUCUGACAAGGGAUCAGUCUCUGAAAGAAGUGUGAAGUCUCGGGCCAUUCUUGCGAGACAAGCUAAUGGAGUAGUUACUGAACCGGGUGUCCAUGCUGCAUCAGAUGCUGAAAAAGUUGUAUCCUCUGGAAACACUGGUGGAUCAAGUUGGGGUAUCUCAUCCAUUUUUGGUGGAGGUGAUAGCCAUACGAUUGUGAAGGAGAAUGUAGCUAGUAAACCACAUACUGAACCAGUUCACAGUGUGGAGCAAUCAUUCUCUAUGAUCCAUUUGAGAGAGCCACCUCCUGUCUUGAGGUCAUCAGAGAGCUAUUCAGAGACAGAAGCUAUUGACAUAACAGUAACAAAGUUGCUUUUGAGAUCAUACUAUGACAUUGUCAGAAAAAAUGUUGAGGAUUUGGUCCCUAAAGCAAUUAUGUAUUUCUUGGUAGACAAGGCCAAGGGAGAGCUGCACAAUGUCUUUAUUAAAAAGCUAUACAGAGACAACCUGUUUGAAGAGAUGUUGCGAGAACCAGAUGAGAUAGCCCUAAAAAGAAAGCGCUGUCGAGAACUUCUCCGAGCUUAUCAGCAGGCUUUUAAGGACUUGGAGGAGCUGCCUCUGGAAGCUGACACAGUUGAAAGAGGAUAUGGUUUGCCUGAAAAAACUGGUUUACCUAAAAUUAAUGGAUUACCAACGUCAUCCAUGUACUCUGCAAGCAGUUCAGGAGACUAUUAUGCAGCUUUUUCGAAGUACCCUAAGUCGAAAAAGUCCUCCCAUUCUGGGGAGCUUCAAUCACCAUUGCAUGCUGAUGCAGAUUCCAAUGGAAGUGGAAGGCCAUUGUAUAUAUAAAAUUGAGUCUGUACCUUGGGUAGUAAGGCUUUUAUUUGGGAAGCUAGGAAUAACAAAUUUAAUAACAUGUUUAGAAAUUAGUGAAGAGCCUAAUUUAUGAUGAUUUUGAGGAGUUAAUGAAGUUGUGCAAACAAAAGUCCCAGUAUUUUCUUUGGGAUCUUUUGUUUCUUGAAAGAUGUCCUCAAUCCUUCAUUCACAUCCAUCACCAAUUUUUGUCCACCUUUGAACAUAUACGUGAAUUUUAUACUAAAAUUUUGUAUUCUUUAUUAACA